CACAAGCGAAAAAAGACUCCAAGAUAUUUCUAGCACAAGCGAAAGAAGACUUCAAGAGAUUAUGACACAAGCAAAAGAAGACUCCAAAAUAUUUUUGGCACAAGCGAAAGAAAACUUCAAAGUGCUCUCGUUAUAUGUGAAAAGCCUAAGGUGUUUGUUGCGCAAUGAAAAAGAUUCUGGAAGGCGAAAAGAAACUUGA